AUGGACGCACUGAAUGGGUUCGAAACGACAGCAUACUACGCUCUAGAAGCCGAGGCUUGUAUUGAUAGGAUACCCUUCGACUUUCACGACGAAACGAGCGACCCUGACGACCAAGAAUCCAAUGACGACAGAGUUGAUCAUGUUAGAAUGGCAAAGACCACGGAAAGGAACCCCAAUGCUGCCAAAGGCUGGAUCGAUCGCGAAGAAAUGCCUCUUUCCUACAAAAUUAUGGCUGCUUGUUAUGAAUAG